AUGAAGGCCCAAAUAUUUAUCAAUGGAUUGCAUCCUGAACUCUAUAUGGCAGUGUCUCUAUUAACCCCUAAUAUGUUAGAAGAUGCCUACGCUAGAGCAAAAGCCUUUGAAAAUAUGUAUAGGAAUAAUCCGACACAUAUGGCUUUUAUAGCCCAACCUAUAGGAUAUCCAACAUAUUUACUACAGAGAAUGGUUGGUACUCCAAAGAGACCCAUCACAAAUACUGUGUUAUUGCGAAAAAAGAAAAAUGUCGAAGGAAGAGAGGAUACUAUAGGGUUAGGCGAAACUGAAGAGAUUCCACCUCAAGAUGCUGAUAUGGAUAAUAGAAAUGAAAUUGAGGACUUAGAUGAUGAUGUUCAAGAA